AUGCUGCGGGCAGAGGCGCGGACAGGCCUGGGCUCGCAUGAUGUGCGGCGAACACUCAUCAAGGAGGAGCUUCGACCGCUUGCGCCACCUUGCGUUGCUUGUGGUAGUGAUGCCUCAUAUGACCCAACAGCACCGCCGCUUGCCACCGGCUCUGCGCAGUCCAGAUCCAUGGCUGCGUCAGCAGGAGCCGACGGCGACAUCGCUGACAUACCGUCCGCGUGGCUGGAAGGCAAUUUUCACCUCAAGCCAGUUAUCGAUGAUGAAGGUGAAGCAGUGGCCGCGUCUACCGGCGCUGCACCUUUGCCACCAGCCUCUAGCAGUGUACUCCGCACGUAUCAGGCGCUGUGCACCGCGGCCGAGGAGGUGGACUACGACUUGUUGUACGAGGAGGGACUGCGACAGGUAGAGGAGCGAGAUGGUGAGACGGGACUGGCGACCACCUGGCGAACGCGGCGUUGCCCAUCAGUGUCGCUGCUUUUCAGUCCAAUGACGAUGACGGCCUUAGCGGGGAGCAGCGAGGCACGAGGGGAGCGCCCGCUAUUGGCGUGCGGUGCAGCUGCCUUGCACGACUUGUACACAAAACCACCGUCGCGGCCAUUUGCGACUGGCCGCGGCGCCACUGGCCGCCUUUCCGCUGCACUCUUGGCCUCUCGGCCCGCCUCGCAGGCGUCCAUCAUGUCCGCCGCGACAUCGUCGGCGAUCACCACCACCACCACGAGCAAGGUGAAAGCGCCGGUGUCGCGCUCGAAUGGCAGCCGUGGUAGUAUUGGUACACUCUCCUCUCUAUCAGCGGAGGGCACGGCGGUAGUGCGCAGCUACGCGGCAGCGUUCACGGAGGCGCUCCGCCAAGUUGUGCAAGCGCAGCGUCACUACGCAAGCGGGGUAGGCGGUGACCCACCACGGCUGGGUUCGACCUCAGGGGCACGGCUUGGGAAAAAUGACAAGGAAGGCAACAACAGCCCUGCUGUGCACGAGUGGCGGACGCACAUGACGGCGGCUGUGAUGUUGGCCAUCUGCUCAUCAUGUCACGCGUGGUUUGAGCGCACGCUGCAACAGCCACGGCGGCUGCCGCCGUCGGAGGGGGUGCAACAGCGGGCAGCGGGAGACGCGGAUAGCAUUCCAAGAUGCUGCUGUCCUCGUUGCGGUCACGAUGUCGAUGCAGAAACUGGCGGCGACACACCAACGACUGCUGCUGCGUGGUCAGGACCGCGGUGGGUCUGGCCGCCGUCUGUCAGUACUGCGGACUUUGAUGCAGUUGCACGAGAUUCCACUGGAACCUCCACAAGGGCUAUUGACUCCGCUGUGGUCCGCUGCCUGCAGGAGCCCUUCGCCCCAGCCAUGGCAACAAGGCAGCACAGCAGCAGCGGCACGGGUGGCGAACCUUGCGGCACCAACGGUGUCGGCUUCGCAGAAGCCGGCGACGGAGACGAAGAGGAACCCUUCGCUGCGCUGGUCAGGCACAGCCGGGCCUCGAAGCUGAGAACGCGAAAAGAAAAGAGGAGGGACACAAUGGGCACCAGUGCCGCAGAGGCACGCACGCACCAGGCGCCGUGGAGCCUCGCUUCGAUGACGCCUCUUCGUCCAUCCGCAGAGUGGGCGCCAACCACAGUGUCUGAGGGUGGCAGCAUAGCCCGUGGGUGCACCGAGACUGGAAUGACGGGCAAAACAAUGACCUUUCCUGUAGCAGCACCACCCUCUGAAUCUCCCCCCUUGAGCGAGCUGGCCGUACCCCCUCGCGAGAACCUGUUGGCCCAGAGCCUUCGCGGUGCCCUCAGCUGCCUUUACUUUCACGAACUAUGGGCGAAUGCGAUGGGGGAGCAGUUGUUGUGA